AUGGCCUUUUUGCCGGACGGCCAGGUGGUAGCAUCGGCGUUAACCGACAAAACGGUGCGGCUCUGGGACGCGGCAACGGGGGCGCAUCGCCAAAGAUUUAAAGGUUAUAACCAUUGGUUACCCCAGGUAAUAGCGUCGGCGUUAGGGGAUAAAACGGUGCGGUUUUGGGACGCGGCAACGGGGGCGCAUUUUCAAACAUUUUUGUUGGAUAUUGCUAAGAUUUUCGCUUUUUAUUCGUUAUCCAACACGUUAUUAUUUACCGAUUUUAGAAUUGUGGACCUAUUUACAAACUUUUUAUUAAAUGAACCGUUACCGCCACCCGAUAAAACACCCUUAUUUCCAAUUUUUUAUAAUAUUGGCCUAAAUUUCGAAAAGAUUUCGGUUAUAAUAAAGGAUGCAAAAAUCCUUUGGCUUUUAAUCGAAUAUAAACCAACGUGUUUUAUAAUUUAA